GGUGAGGAGUUAACAGCAACGGCGUCGUUUGGCAGCGGACUACCGAAAACAAACGGUCGGGUGAGACUGUGUGCUGUGACUAUCUGUCCGUGUAGUCUUCACCGGUCCUCACACACAGCUACACACACACAAACGCGCGCAGUAGCCUACUGCCAAAUCGUGCGGUCUCUCACGCGCAUACUCUCUACUAGCCAGACAGAUACAGAAGCAAUGGGAGACAAUUACUGAGGCAACCACGGAGAGAUACACACUGAGACCGACUAUGGCUGUGGACGCAGCGUCCAGCUUCAGUUUCUGCCGUGCGUCCCUGGAGCACACAGUGUCUGUAGAGGAGCUCAGCUACCAGCUGCCUCGUCGGCCAGGGGCCAGUCUGACCUGGCACGAUGGGAGGGGGCAGAAGAACACACACACCGUCAAACUACUGCAGCAGCCUGGCACAGAGGGCAUACAGCUGCGUCCAGGCGAAGCCUUCACUGUGUACCACACCAGCCCUACUCUGUCCAGUCUGUCCAAACCAGUGGUUCUGUGGACCCAACAGGAUGUCUGCAAGUGGCUGAAGAAACACUGUCCCCACAACUACCUGACCUACGUAGAAGCCUUCUCCCACCAUGCUAUCACAGGUCGCGCAUUGCUGAGGUUGAACGGGGAGAAGUUGGAGAGGAUGGGCAUUGUCCAAGAAACAUUGAGACAGGAGGUUCUACAGCAGGUCCUUCAGCUACAAGUCAGAGAGGAGGUCCGCAACCUGCAGUUGCUCAGCAGAGCCUCCUUUGGAAACAUCUCUUAGCUCAUCCCUCCGUCCGUUUGGCAGCCCUCACUCUCCUCUGCUAUUUCCAGUAGCCAUGGAAGGACCUGCUCACUCCAGAUAUGUGAACGCAGAAUAGGGCUGUGAGAGGAGGGAAGAAAGGAGGGGAGAGAGGACAGAAAAGAAGAGAGAAGAGGAGUCUUUAGACUACAUGCCAAACACACUGAAGGAGGUUUCCCAUUCAACAAGGCCAAACUGGUUUAAAUGAUGAGAGAGAGAGAGAGAGAGAGAGAGAGAGAGAGAGAGAGAGAGAGAGAGAGAGAGAGAGAGAGAGAGGUGCUGAAUACAAGGGCACACACUGUAACAUAGAUAUAAGAUGUUUGAAAGGAUAUUGACAAUGUAGACCAAUGAGAUCUUAACUACAACAGAUUCCCUCC